ACUCACUCAGCACAGCUCGGAGCUUACAAGUGCCCGCUAUUAGCUUCAUCUUCACCUAAGAUCAAGAUGUCAAAGCGCCCAGGACCAGAAGAUAUUGAUUCAAUCCGGCUGAGAUCUAGGGAGGAAUAUUUGGAGAAAAGAUCGGAGCUCAAGCUCGCGGAACUAAGAAGACAAGUUCAGGAAGAACAAGAAGAAGAGCGUAGCAACCCACACCUGAGCCAGAGAGAAUUAAGAGAAUUUGCUCGGAAUCGAGAAACAUUACGACUUGCGGAAUCGCGCCUUGCGAUCGAUGAUGGGCUUGACGGAUACGUACUACCCGACGCAGACGGUUCCAAGCUUGAAACUCUCAACAAGAGGAAGAAAAAAGAUGUAUCUACUUACAAAUCCGAGGUUCAACUCUGGGAGGAUGAGGUUACAGCCCGAGCCAAAGUUGCGCAAAUCCACCGACCGGACCGUUUGCAACAGGAUGAUUAUGAAUUCGUUUUUGAUCCUACGCAAGCAUUGAAUUUCGUAUCGGCUGGCGAAUGGGUUGAUCCGGAUAAGCAAAGGCUUCAAGAGCAACUCGACGCAGCAGAGAAAAAGGCCAAAUCUAUCCAGGAAGUACGGACUAGCCUGCCGAUCUACCAAUACAAGGAACAGUUCCUGGAUGCACUUGCAGAUCACCAAGUGCUGAUUGUUUGCGCCGAAACGGGAUCCGGAAAAACUACGCAAUUACCCCAGUAUCUUCUGGAUUACUUCAACAAGGAAGGCGGCACCUCAUUACGCAUUGCUUGCACUCAACCGCGUCGAGUAGCCGCAAUGUCUGUUGCACAGCGUGUAUCUGAGGAGAUGGGCUGUAGACUUGGUCAAGAGGUCGGCUACUCAAUCAGAUUUGAGGAUAAGACCAGCCCUAAUACGAAGAUUCAAUUUCUGACGGAUGGGUUACUGCUACGCCAAUUCUUGAACGAUCCCACACUAUCCGGCUACAACGCGAUCAUCAUCGACGAGGCGCACGAGCGUACCCUUGCAACCGAUAUACUUAUGGGGAUGAUCAAAGACGUAGGCAAAUAUCGGACAGACCUCAAAAUUAUCAUUUCGAGUGCCACUCUCGAUGCGCAGAAGUUCUCCCAAUUCUACAACGAUUCCCCCAUCCUGAUGAUCCCCGGCCGUAGUUAUCCUAUAACUAUAUAUUACUCGCAAAACCCAGAAGCUUCAUACCUGAGCGCAGCUAUCACCACAGUACUUCAGAUCCAUUGCUCGAUGAAAGACCCAGGGGACAUCCUGGUAUUCUUGACUGGUCAGGACGAAAUCGAAGCUGGAAAACAGAGUAUAGAGGAAACGGUACGGAAGCUGGGUUCAAAAAUCCCCGAGCUUGUCGUCUGCCCCAUUUACAGUGCAUUGCCCCAAGAAGAGCAGGGCAAAAUUUUCUUGCCCGCACCGCCCGGCGGGCGCAAAGUUAUUCUUGCGACCAAUAUCGCAGAAACGUCGCUGACCGUGGAUGGCGUGAGAUUCGUUAUCGAUUCUGGGUACAGCAAAGAGAAUGUUUACAACCCGUCUACAGGCCUGGAGCAGUUAGUUGUAACUCCGAUAUCGCGCGCAUCCUCCUCACAACGUGCUGGAAGAGCAGGUCGUACAGGGCCGGGCAGUUGCUUCCGAUUGUGGACACGCUGGUCACAUUUCAACGAAUUGGAGGAGUCGACGACCCCAGAGAUACAGCGUGCUAACCUUUCGUCAACUCUGCUACUCCUUAAAUCGAUCGGUAUUAACGAUCUUCUCAACUUCGAUUUCAUGGAUCCACCAUCCGCAACGGCUAUAGCCAAAGCCCUUGAAGAGCUAUACAGUCUAGGUGCGCUGGAUUCUACGGGAAGUCUCACACGUGUCGGUCGGCAAAUGAGCGAGUUGCCUAUUGAUCCCAAAUUAUCCAAGACCAUCAUCCUGGCGGACACACAUCAGUGCUUGGAAGAGAUUCUUACCAUUGUUGCAAUGUUGGGUGAAUCUUCUGCUCUGUUUUUCGCACCGAAGGAUAAACGUUUGCACGCUGAAGCCGCGAAACGGAGAUUUUACACAAGAGGAGGCGGUGACCAUGUGGCCUACCUGAAGAUCUUCAACAGCUGGUCCGAAGCCGAGUAUGACCCAUUGUGGGCCAAAGAGAACUAUCUCCAGCAAAAGGCCUUGACGCGUGCUCGUGAUGUACGCGAGCAGCUGCAGAAACUCUGCGAACGUAUCGGAAUCACACCGUCGAGCUGCGGAGACUCAAACUAUAUCCCAAUCGUCAAGGCGCUUGUAGCUGGCUAUUUCUCGAACGCCGCACGGUUGAACAGAGAUGGAAAGUCCCACACGGUUCUCAGAAAUGGUUUAUCAGUCAGAAUUCACCCAUCCAGUAUGUGCCACGAACCCACCGAGGUUCCAAAGUGGUGCAUAUUCUCGGAGCUGAGGUUGACGUCGCAAGAGUUUAUUGCAAACAUUGUCGAUAUUGAUCCACAAUGGCUCAUUGAUGCAGCACCCUACGCCUUCAAAAAGGCGGAUCUGGAGAAAUUCGGGAUAGAUAAAAAGAUGCCGAAAACGAGACCAGCACAGGCAAAAUAG